AAACACAUCCAACUUUGUCCCUUUCUCUCUUUCUCUCUCUCUCCACGGACUUUUGCUGAUACAGAAAAAUCUGUUCUUUCAGACUUCACCUCUCCCGAAGCUCGGAACCUUUUUCCGUUCAUCAUUCUCUUCUCGAUUCUAUACUUAGGGGCGUUGUUCUUGGUUGAGAUCCGGGAAAACUAUCUCCCCAGAAAAAGGGUUUCUUCUGUUUCUCUUUCUUUUCUCUCGCUUCCAGAUUCUUUCCAAGAAUUUCUUGCGCAACUUCGAUUUCUCGUUUCUGGGUUUCGUUUUUGGGCUCGAAAGGCGAGAACUUUCCGGGAAAGGAAACGAAGACCGUAAGGAAAUCGAUGCUGAUCGUCGCUGACUCUGAAAUAUUUCCGUCGGCGUAAAGUGGGAGAAAAGCUUCUUAGGUUGUGGUUCCUUCCCGAGUUUGACGGUUAAUGUUGGAAAAGUCUGAAGCUUUAUAAGAAAAUGCAAUAUGGUCGCUAAGGGACGCCGAAAUUCCACGGGGUCUUCCAAAGUGGAGGUAGGGGAGAUAGAUACAAGUGCUCCUUUUCAAUCGGUUAAAGAUGCGGUCACUCUUUUCGGCGAAAGUGCUCAUUCCGGUGAAAAUCCCGUCAUCAGAAAAGCGAAUCCUCAAUCUGCAGAGAGAGUUUUGGCUAAGGAGUCACAGCUUCACUUGGCACAGAAAGAGCUGAACAAGCUAAAGGAGCAGCUUAAGAAUGCCGAAACAACAAAAGAAGAGGCCAUGGCUGAGCUCGAACAAGCUAAAAGAACAGUCAACGAUCUUACUUGCAAGCUAAAAGUGGUAAAUGAGUCGAAAGAUUCAGCAAUUAAGGUGACAGAAGCUGCAAAGUGUCGAGUAAAACAAAUCGAGGAAGCAAAAUCAGGAAGCAUUUCUCCAUCCAAUGAUGCCCAAAAGCAGGACAUGGAAAAUGUCGUGGAACGGUAUGGGACAGUGCUUAGUGAGCUUGAUAUCGCGAAGCAAGAACUGAGAAAAAUCCGUCAGGAUUCAAAUGAGAUUUCGGCAACAAAGACUGCUGCUAUAAACACAGUAGGGGAGGCUAAGAAAGUGGUUGAAGCUAACUCUGAGAAGAUUAGAGAGCUCAGAGAGGAAAUUUCUGCUGCUAACGAAUCUGUUGAACAGGUGAAGCUUGCGUGUUUGAAAGCGCAGAAAGAACACGCUCGAAUAUUUGAGGAGAAGGAUGUUCAGAGGCUAUCGUAUAAGGCUAGAAUGGAAGAGUCUGCAAAGAAAUUGCUCGAUUUGAAGAAUGGGUUUGACCCUGAACACGCGAAAAAGCUUGAAUUGCAGCUGGCGGAAACUUAUACCGAGAUCAACUCAUUGCAGAAGCAAAUGGAGAAUGCAAAAGCAUCGGAUAUGGAUUCAGUGAGGAGUGUGACUGUGGAAUUGGAUGAUGCAAAGGAGUCGCUUAAGAAACUCGUUGAAGAAGAGAAAUCCUUACAGGAAUUGAUCGAAUCUCGCAAAACAGAACUGGAGAAUGUGAAGAAGGAACAUGAUGAGCUAAAGGGGAAAGAAGCUGCAACAGAAUCUAUGGCUGGAAAUCUUCAUCUCAAGCUAACGAAAAGUAAAAGCGAGCUUGAAGCAUGCCUUGCAGAGGAAUCUAAAACGAAGGUUGCUUUUGAAGACAUGAUGUCAACCCUCAAUCAAUUAUUUUCCGAGACAGAAACCGCCCGACAAGAAUCUGAAGAAAUGAGAAUCAAGGCCGAGGAGCUGAGGAAAGAAGCUGAAGCUGCACAUGUUGCACUCGAAUAUGCAGAGCUAGACCUUAGGGUUGCUCUAGACGAAGUUGAAGAAGCGAAAGCCUCCGAAACAAGAGCCCUUGAACAGAUAAAGUCCAUGUCUGAAAAAACCGAUGCUGCACGUACUUCGACGUCCGAAUCUGGUGGCCAGAUCACAAUGUCUCGGGAAGAAUUCGAGUCAUUGAGCAGAAAAGUCGAGGAAUCUGACAAGUUAGCCGAGAUGAGAGUGGGAGCUGCAUUGGCCCAAGUGGAGGCAGUGAGAGCGAGUGAGAACGAGGCCUUGAAGAAGUUAGAGAUGGCCCAAAAGGAUAUUGAGGGUUUAAAAGCUGCAACCCAAGAGGCUCUGAAGAAGGCAGAGAUGGCGGAGGCAGCCAAGAAGGCAGUGGAAGGAGAACUCAGAAGAUGGCGUGAAAGAGAGCAGAAGAAAGCAGCCGAAGCUGCAUCCAGGAUUCUUGCAGAAACCGAGAAGGUAUCUACCUCACCAUCGCCUCACCAUCACAGAAUCACGGCACAGAGACCUGCAGAGAGAACGGUUGAGAUCCGGAAACUGGAAAAGGCCAAAACUUCAGUCGUCUCAAAGAAAGUUCUUGUACCGAAUCUGAGUGGAAUCUUUCAGAGGAAGAAGAAUCAAAUCGAGGGAGGAUCUCCUUCUUAUCUUCCUGGUGAGAAACCCAUCUGAUUUUGAUUCUGGUUUGAGCUCUGUUCUGCGGUUACAAACUUGUUUAAGAACAGCAGAAUUGUAUGUGUCUGUGUGUGUUUGUCAAAGAUGGGUGUGUGGCUUGAAAUCAGAGCAGCAGCAGCUUUGGAUAAGGAGAAACAUGAUUUUCUGUAAAUUUGAGUCAGAGAUAUUUAGGUUGUUUUCAUUUGA